GUUGAGUUCGCCAACACGGUGUUGACGUAAACAUUACCAAACAAGAAGUUUAAUUACUUCUAGGGACCAAAUAAAGCAUGUAGCUUCAUAACUUUUGAUUCAGUUUAUUCCUUCCAAAACCAUGGAACAGUAUGGCUUUGUGAGAAGAGAUGUUAACAGUUCUGUAUAUAGGGCAGUGACCAAAUUUCUGCUUGAAGAGAGAGGAAAUGACUGGAAAAAGCUGCCGUCCAAUUCUGUUUCAUUCCAUUUGAUGUUUGGAGAAAGGAAUAAAUUGCCUUUUGGAAGAUUAGGCCAUGAUCCUGGGAGGGUACAGCUGGUAAAUUAUUACAGAGGUUCGGAUGUUCUAUGCAGGAAAACAGCUCUUGUCAAAGUAUUUAAAGAAUACUGUAGUGUAGUGAAAUACAGUUACCCAAAAUGGUUGCCACAGUCUUUCCGUAUUGUUCCAAAAAAUGUUGUCCAGACAAGUGUACGUAACUCUACGGUACUGGUACGGCCGGAGAAACCAGAUGACCGGGAUCAGCUGCUGGAGACGCAUGCACAGAUGGUGGCGGAGGAAGGCAAAGAUGUGAUCUGGAUUGCUAAACAUACAUCUGGGGCUAAAGGUGAUGGCAUUCAGAUAUCAGACAACAUAGAUUCCUUACUGGAGUAUGUAGAUGAUCAGAGUAAAGCCUUUGUUAUACAGAGAUAUAUUAACAAUCCAUUCCUCUUGGAGGGAGGCAGGAAAUUUGAUAUCAGGAGCUGGGUGUUGUUAGAUUCCAGCUAUAAUGUGUACCUGUUCAAGGAAGGUGUGUUGCGUACAUCAUCUGAACCUUAUGACCCUGAUGACCUGUCAAAGAUCACUAGUCACCUGACCAAUCACUGCCUUCAGAAGGAAAGGUCAACCAACUAUGGUAGAUAUGAAGAUGGAAAUGAAAUGUUCUUUGAUGAGUUUAACAGAUAUUUGAUGGACAAACACGGUACUACAAUGGAAGCUUCUAUCUUGCCUCAAAUCAAAGACAUCAUCAAACGUUGUUUCUUCCUUGUUAAAGAGAAAAUUAACACAAAUGGUUUAGGGUAUGUGUGUUUUCAACUGUUUGGCUUUGAUUUCUUGCUGGAUGAGAAGAUGAAAGUCUGGCUGAUAGAAGUAAAUGGAGCUCCAGCAUGUGCACAGUACCUGUUACCAGACAUGGCCAGAAGUAUUGUUCAUACUGCAAUAGAUCCAGUGUUUCCACCAUCGAAACCUAGACAAGGUGACACAGGGUUCACCAAAAUCUCCUGAUUGAAUGUCAGGUUGCCAUAGAAACAGUAACUUUAUUGUACAAUUCUGUUAUUUUGACUUUGGGGAAUCUUGAUAGUUAUGUGCAAUGUUAAUAAGUCCACUACUGGUUGAAAGUCAGUUUUGGAGACAUUAAUUAGGUUUGCUCCUUGUCUGUCCAUCUUUCGCAUGGUACAUUUAGACCACUAAUCAAACAGUCAAGGUCAUACUUAAUUAAGAGGUCAGAAAUGUUUGGUUAUGUUUCUUGUCUAGUCUGUAACUUUUUUAUGUAUUUAUUAAGCUCCCUGAAGGAUGAGCAUAUAGUUGCCGCUUUGUCCGACCUUCCAUCUGUCUGUAACACUUUUGUCUGGAGUAUAACUUGAAAAGAAUUAAUGGCAUUUGAUUGGAACUUCACAUAAUCAUAGAGCCUCAGGCCAUUGAGACAAAGUGCAGUGUCAAAGAAUCAUAACUCUACCUUAACUAGUUUUUUAAUUAUCUCCCUUUUUUAUACAAAAUAAGGCUUGUCCGGAGCAUAACUUGAAAAGUAUUAAUGGCAUUUCAUUGAAACUUCACAAAAUGAUAGAGGCCAUUGACGGGAAGUGCAGUGUCAAAGAAUCAUAACUCUACUUUACAUAUUUUUUUAACUAUCUCCCUUUAUUAUACAAAAUAAGGCUUGUCCAGAGCAUUACUUGAAAAGUAUUAAUGGCAUUUCAUUGAAACUUCACAAAAUGAUAGAGGCCAAUGACAGGAAGUACAAUGUCAAAGAACCAUAACUCUACCUUACCUAGUUUUUGAAUAUCUCCCUUUAUUAAAUUUUCUCCAUUUUUUUUUUUUUUGGUUUCUAAUACAUUAUUCCCCAUAUUAGGACAAGCGCAUGCAUCAGGGAGCAUCAUUCGGUUUUACCGAUUCAUUGUAUUCAAAUAACUUGGUACUAAACUACACAAAUAUUCACCACACUAAGACAAUGUGUUGCAUGCAAGACUCUGACCUCUAGUAGGACAAUGUCACACUUUGAGUUUGUGGUCAUACUUAGAGGACAAAGAUGACCAUUUUUUGUAUCUUGUCUAUAAAUCUUUUAUGCAUUGAUGGAUUUUGAAAUUAAUUGUCACAUGCAAGACUGUACCCCAAGCUCAUAGAGGCUAAUAAUUUUAUGUCAUUUUUUUGCGUUUGAUCUUUAACUCUUUUAUUGAAUUAUGGAUAGUAAAAUAACUUUGCACCAUAACAGAUAAACUUCUCAUACGUGUCCUUUUUAAAGGAUGGUAAUUAGAUAUUCAUUACAUUGGAGAGGGCUUUGUAUUGGUUGGCAAUACAUGUACAUCCUUUCACUUGUUCAUUGUUACUGUUUGUUGUUUUGCUGAUAUUUGUAAAUGUAAGUGUUUUUAGGGAAAGCAUACUAAUAAUUAUUAUUAUUAACAUAAUAAUAAUAUCAAAUAAUUAAGCUGAAAAGGAUUAUGACAGCUUUUUUUUUCUUUGGUUGAAUUUAAAGGUCUUGCCAACGCUUGUUUUACUUAAAUGCAAUUUGCUUAAAUAGCAUUAUUGUGUUAUAGCCUUUGGGUUAAGAUCAGCUGUCACAACUAGUCCUUGUUCUUUAUCAUUGUUGCAUCAAGAAGUGUUUCAUACAACUUCUCCUUCAAAAGUAGUGGGCAAGUUUUGUUUAACUUCACAGGCAUGAUCCUUACAUUACUUUUUAAUGAAGAGUCUGGCAACCUCCAGUACUGGAUCAAGUACCAAUAUUGCAUCAAUAAUAUAUAGAGAAUUAAACUGCUUAAUUGUGCACAAUAAGCGUUUUUGCUUGGAAAAAUGUUUAUACAGUUAUGUGGAUUUUUUUUGCAGGCUGUUGAUCUGUGUUUGAACGUCCUCAAAAGUUACCAUUUUGUAAUUUUUAUAUAUCAUGUACAGUUUUUAGAUACAGCCAAAUCCUUCAUUUCAUUAUCAGAAACAUCAUUGUGUUAUUUAGAAUGAUAUUACAUGAGAAUGCCAGAUAGUGUUUUUGCAAUAUCUGCAAUGAGAAAAUGCAAUUUUAUGAUAUGAGUCAUUUAUUCUUAUUUAUAUUUCUUUAUAAAGUUUAUAUAUUUGUAAUGUUUUGUUACAGUUGACAUGUCUGUGAUACCUUGUUUAUUACAUGAUGCCAUGUGAAUUUUAUGUCCAUUUUUUACGUCCCGUAUGUCAAAGACUCUGGAGGUUUAUAGUUUUUGAACUGUCUAUCAUAACAUCUAUCUUUUCAUCUGUCUGUCUGUCCAUUACACUUUCUUGCAUACUUAACUUCUUGUAAAGUUUUUACCUAAUUCAAAUGGAAGUUUAUUAACCUUUAGCCUGCUGGUGGCAAGUGAUUCAGCCUUUGUGACCAGUGCAGACCAAGAUCAGCCUGCACAUCCGUGCAGUCUGAUCAUGGUCUGCACUGUUCGCUAUUCAGUCAGUAAAUUUUCAGUAAAUACCCCUAGUAAUUAUAAAUGGUAUUGCCCAAAUUGAAUGAUGGACCAGUCUAUUAUAGAAAUUUAGCAGGCUAACGGUUAACAUCGUCAACAUGAAUUGGACAUGCAUACAUUUUCUUGACUUUCACAUCCAUUGUUUACGUCGAAUAUUAAAACGAAACUUGGUAUCCAUCAUCAACAUGAAGUAGACAUGCAUAUUUUUUUGGAGAUGGUCCUUUUUACUACUUCAUAUUUUAUUCUAUUGAGCACUUUCAGGGGGCAGGUGUCAUAUAAUGUUUGUUGUUUACAUCAUUUUUGUUGAAAUAAUCUUAGAUCAUAGUCCCUGCAGUUUUUUUACCUUUUUUACAUUUAUUUUCUUUUAACAUCAACAAAGACAUUUAUUUUAUAGACAUAAUGUAUCAAGCAGACUAUUGUUAUGUAACAGAAAAUACACUUCGUGAUAAAAAUGUGAUAGUUGUUCAGAUGUUAAUUUUUGUCUUUUACAGAUGUAUAUUCUGGUGUUGGAAUGUAUAAUUAUAUGCAUGGUACUUUGCUUGUUUAUAUUCAAUGCUUACUGGUACCUGUAAAUACAUUUAUUAUAUACCUAUGACUAUUCUGUGUCAAAUACAGCAUGUUUUUCACUAACAAAUACAAAACAAAAAUAACUUAUACCCAUCUGAUACUGGAAAAUGUUUGGUUGGAAAUGACGUAAUGUUGGCGUCACAACGUAUGUUCCAUUCGUCAAAAGGUUCACAGUUUCAAACAAUUUUUCUGUCUUAUUUAUCAGUUAUAGUCAAUCUUGACUGAUAUGUAUUUAAUAAAAGGGGUAUUAAAAUAGUACCUUGAACUGCAAGGAUGCAUUCGCCUUCGUGGAUUUUGCAAGGCAAGAUCACAGGUACAAACAGGGCUUUCAGAAUCCACUCAAGUCAAUUACAACAUUGCUGAUCAAGGUAUAUACUGUUGUAAUAGCCCUGUUAUAUUGUUAUGUUUAUGUGACAUUCAAAUGGAUCACUUUAGUGUACUAAUAAAGGUAUUUACUUAU